AUGGGUCUAGGUGACUACAGCCACUGCCGACAGCGGAUGUCCCGGGGACUCCACGGGGUCUCUGGCAGGGCUGCGCUGUGGUUUCCAGCCUUUCAUUCCGUGCACCGCACGCCUUGUGGCACUUGGCGCAUCGAGGCCCAGGAGCAGGCCCGGGCGUCCACUCCGGUACUGGAACACCUCCGGCGACAGCUGGAGCGCGCCUUCCAGCGGGCGGCGGCACGCGGGCGCGCCAGGCGCGCGCGGGAGGCGGUGGCGGCGGUGGCUGCGGCCGCGGCGGCCGCGCGGGAGGAGCGGACCCGGGUGCGCAUGGAGUGCGCGCUGGCCCGGCUGCGCGCGGAGCUGCUGGAAUUGCGUUUCCAGAACCAUCAGCUGGCCCGAACUUUACUGGAUUUAAACGUGAAGAUGCAGCAGCUGAAGAAGCAGCAGGAUCUGGAGCGUGCAUCCAAAUCCCAGAGCCCAGAAGAUGACGCCAUGAACCCCGAGUGUGGAAAUGCAUAG